AUUCCCUUACCAAACAGUCACUUAAAAUGGCACACUAUUUAUCUUCCAUAAGAAAUCAGGUGAAUACUAGCCUUAGUGAAGAAUCUUACGAUUUCUCAAGGCAAGAGAAAGAAGAGAAAGAUGAACAUAAGAUGGCAAAAUUAUCCUGUAAAAUUAAGGAAAUUUUGAACAGAUCGAAACAGAGAGGUUCUAAUAAGAAUGCAGAAGCUUUAAAGACCCACUCAAUAACAGAGAAAAUAUUCAAGCAGACUCAUAACCGCACAAUGGAAGAGAUCAACCUCCUCCGUAAAUAUCUUAACAGGAAAUAAGACUCCAGUCAGGCUUCAGAAGAUACAUAGGAAGGGGAGAAGUACGGGGGAUGGGAGAUUUGAAGAAACUAGCAUCCAGAUCAACAGGGUUGUUAAUAAGGAACUUAGAGAGAAGGAAUUGAAGGAAAAGAAGCAGUAUCAACAGAAUUUUGGCGAGUUUGAAAUGCCUAAAGUUGAACCGCCUAAGUUUAUUCAUAGGAGUUCGUCCCAGAUUCAAGCUGAGUUGGCGAAAGUUCCCUUUAGAUCACGGAUAACGAAUUAUUGAGGAGAGAAUCAGGCUUAUUUUCGGUAUAAGAGAAAUACUCUACUGCAGAAAGAGGAUUCACCUGAUAUUCAAAAGAAGUUACCUGAAAUUAAUCAGAAAGUCUUGGAUGUCUUAGCCAAAAAUGCAGAGAUUUCAAAAAUUAUCUCAAUGCAGUCUUCUAAACAGAAGAAAGCGAAAAAGACCAAAAGAGAAGUCAAUAAAUCAAAUAUUGACUUGAAUGGUGACUUAUUCAAAAAACCAAAAAGAAGUGUAGAUUAUUCAACAAUAAAAUCAAGAAAAGUUGUUCAAAUGCUGGAUUCAGGAGAAAUUCAGAAUAUGACCUCUAUCAGAACAAGAAAAGGCAGCAUGUACAAGACGCCAAUGAAUAUGAACACCAAGAGGCUUGGCGAAAAGUCUGAUAAUGAUCAUAAAAGACCUAAAAGGAGCACAAAUAGAUCAGUAAUUGGGCACCAGUCCAAAUUGAAACUGCCGGAUGAGUUAUUCCAAUCUAAUAAUGAUCAUGAUAUCCUCAAAAACCAAACAUCGAGAUCAAAGAAGAUUCUAGUACAGCCGAUUACUACACUAACAAGAGAGGGUUCUAAAGAAAGCUUGAUAAAUAAAGAUAAGCUUGAUACAAUAAUCACAGAAUGUGAUCAAUAUAGAAAGAAAGAUAAGGUUUCUCCAUUGAAAUAAACUUGAGUAUGCUCAAUUCUUAGAGAAUUACUAUCAAGAGAAUUUCAACAACACAAUAGAUCUCAUGAAAAAGUUUAAAGGCUCUGAUCCACACAUCCUCGAGAGAUUUUACAACUAUGAAACCAUCAAACGAGAAGAAGAGAUGGUCAGAGUCGCCGAAGUAGCCAAACAAUACAAAAGGAACAUCACUAACCCUUGUAGAACUAUAGCUGUGCUAGAAAGGAUCGGGAGUACACAUAAAGGCAAGCCUCAUUAGCCCCAAAAUCGCCUUGUCGCCUUCAAAAACCUAUAAAUUCAACC